CAUGCAUAUUCGCAUAAAAAACAAUUUAACGUCGUAAUAAGCCGCUAUGGCAGUCUGGUGUGGACGGCUUUGGGUAAACACUUAUUUUUGUGGUUUCUGCUAUGUAGUGGUUGUCAGGCGUAAUAGCGCUUUUACGAUUAUGCACACAGAGAAUCAGCCAACAGAUGGCGGUAUAUUUUUUUACACUUUGUAACAAGAAUUGGAGCGACGAAGAAGAAAACGAGGAAGCUGGACUGUGGAUUCAGUCAGAGGUGAAAAAUGAAGACUCUGAUGGUGUUUGAUUUUGACCACACUGUGGUGGACGACAACAGCGAUACCUGGGUGGUCAGGUGCCUCCCAGACCAGGGCCUACCUGACUCUGUGAAGAACUCCUACAAGAAAGGUCAGUGGACGGAGUUCAUGGGCAGAGUGAUGACCUACAUCGGUGAGCAGGAAGUGAAGCCAGACACAGUCAGGAGCAUCAUGGAGACCAUACCGUUCACUGCUGGAAUGACAGAGCUGCUGAAAUUCAUAUCAGAAAACAAAAGCAGCAUCGACUGCAUCAUCAUCUCCGACUCUAACACCAUGUUCAUAGACUGGAUCCUCCGAGCAGCCGGGCUCCACAAGGCUGUGGACCAGGUCUUCACCAACCCGGCCAAGUUCAACGAGCAGGGCUACAUGGAGGUGCAGAGGCACCACUCGCACAAAUGCCAUCAAUGUCCAGUCAACCUCUGCAAAAAAAAGGUCCUGGAGCUCUACCUGUCAGAGUGCUCUGACGGAGGUGUGGAGUAUCACAGGAUAUUUUACGUUGGAGACGGCGGCAACGACCUCUGCCCUACUUCCUGUCUGAGGCAGCAUGAUGUUGUGAUGCCCAGGAAGGGCUACACCCUGGAGAAACUGCUGGUCAAACUCAGAGGUCGGGAAGACGACGCUGCUCACAGAGCUCGAGUCGUUGCCUGGAACAGUGGCACUGAAAUCCUGCAGGAACUGAAAGCCGUCUUGUUGUAGUCCUGGUCACUAUGGUAACCUGGUAACACAACAAUCGGUCGACUACUGAAAUCUGAUUGUAUUGUUGCUGCGAUGCAUCAUUUUAUUAUAUUUAAAUUUGCAUACGUUUUGAUUGUGUUUUUGUUAAUGCACAUGUGUGUGUUUGUGUGUGUGUCUGGUCUUCCUGAAGUGAAACCUGAAGUGAAACCAAAUAACUUCAUAUUUUUUUGAACCAGUUGUUCCAAAAGUGGGGUAAGGUGGCGCUCUAGAAGCAACAACAGGUAGCUCAGCGAAAAAAAAAGUAAUUAUUGUAUCCUGUGAGAAACAAUGAGGAAAUUAAUUUAUUAGUAAUUGCAUUUCCUUUGUUCAAUUAAGUAGUAGUUUAAUAAAAUGUAGUUUUUACGUUUUUGAGGCCAUUGCUGUAACUCUGUAUUUACAAAAGGGGGCGCUGCAGGACACGUUUAAGCAGUGUUGUGACCAGAGACUCUUUACAUGAGCACAAAUAUAAACAACACCCUUAACCGAUGACUCUGAUUGUACAUGGGUAUCUGCCACCAUGUGGCCGUCUUACUCACUGACACCAAAAUUUAAAGGUUUGUAAUGUGGAUAUUUUUUUAAUAACCUAUUAAAUCAACCUCUGGUCUUCACAUUUACUGUGUGAAUCAUUUCCAGUCAUUUGUGCUGUGUCCUCCUUGUUGAGUGUUUUGGUUUUUGGACGCUGCCCUUGCCCCAUGACUGCUUGGAUAUACUGUAUAUGACUCUAGCUCCCCCAUGUGACCACCCAUGAAAAUGACACGUGCUUAAUUUACCCUCCUUGUAAAAAGCUGAUGUUUACAUUUCCUUAAACAUGAGAAAUGGUUU